UCUUAUCCUUCACUACCUUGUGAUCUCCCUACCUGCGUGCGCCUCAUCGUUCUCCUGGUUAUUGUGCCUUGCUCAGCCACAGAUCAACCAGCGUACAUAUAUCUCCCAGUACUUCCACUUCAACCCUCCACUUCUCAUACUAUCCACUCCAAUCACUUCAUCUACUUCUCCCAAAUUCAAUCUCGUGUACAAUUCGAAAUCCAACAAAAUGCCUCACAAAGUCAGCGACUCGACCUCAUCUCUGUCCAGCAGUGGCAGCAGCGGGAACGGUGUUAGGGUGACGGACAUGCGAGGCUCGCAUGCUGGUCCCCGUCGAACACAAGCUCCCGUCAUCAUCCACAACCAGGGAGGACAAAUCUACGAUGAGACGAGACCUUCCGACUGGGAUAAGCAACGGUGGAAGUGAAAGUAUUGUCUUGGGUACCUCGGGACAAAGAACAGCCUCCUCCGAAGCACUGCUGGGCAGUUAGCUUGCUGGAGGGUUCGGCUUGGGCAAUUU